AUGGCGCCGAUCACUUUCAACUUCAAGCUACUAUUUGGACGUCAAGAUGAUGUUUCAAAUCCUACCCCCUCUGUUGCGGACCUUCCGCCAUCAGUUCUUGAACAAAUUGGAGCACAACAGCCUCCACCAGGUAUCAAGGCUAAUUUCGUUGAUCCUGAAAGCAUAGGAGGGGUACUUCUAGCUUUCGCAGUUAUCGGCAUUGUCAUCAUGUCAAUAUGUGUUUUUAUUAGAGGAUGGGUGAUAUUCAAACUCAGACGGCCUAUAAAGUGGGUUUGGAGCGAUACUGUUUUCACAGUCGCUGUACUCGCUGCGUUGGCAAUGUUUAUCGACUUGAUAUUGACCGUUACCGGUAAAGGGCAGACCGCCUCAAUUCUAAGCAUCAUCUACCGUGUCAUUCUGAACAGAAAUAGCGAUCACACAUGGAAUGCCGUCGCUGUAUGGGCACUCACUGCCGGAGAAUUAUGGAUCGGCUUGAUCAUCGCCUGUACACCACACUUCACAAAGUUCUUCCGCGUUUAUCAAAAAUUAUUUGCGAGAUUUGGAUCGGUAAUAGGGUAUUGGCUUUGCUGUUGCUGCAUGUCUUGGAAAGAACUGAAUUUGAGGAGAUCAGCGGCGAGGUCUAGUAAGAAAUUUGACAAGGCCAGCGGGAAGAGUAGUGAUAAGAGUGAGGGUUCACAUAUUUCAGAGGCGGAAAAGCCGAAAAAACAUGCAAAGUUGUAUCCGGAUCUCGAUGUUACCACGAUGAGUUAUACCUCCCGGAUACUUCUGUAA